CUGCAGCUCCAGUGACGAUCACAUCCGGGUCCUGUGCUUCACUUCCGGCCUGACUGUAUUUCAUAAACUCGGGACGCAGAGAGAAGGAAGGAUGCUGUCCUUGUCUCGAGUGGUGGUGUGCGGGGUGAGCGCCGUGGGACGAGCUCCGGCUGCUCUCAGUCAAGGCGCAGUCACUGCUAUCACCCGAUACAACAGCACAGCACAGGGUGCUCCCAAGAAAACAACAUUUGGGCCACUGGCAGAUGAGGACAGAAUUUUUACAAACCUCUAUGGUCGUCAUGAUUGGAGGCUGCAGGGGGCGCUGAAGCGCGGCGACUGGUACAAAACCAAGGAGAUCCUUUUGAAAGGGGUCGACUGGAUUCUGAACGAGAUCAAGGUUUCUGGUCUGCGUGGGAGAGGUGGAGCCGGUUUCCCUACUGGCAUGAAGUGGAGCUUCAUGAACAAACCCAGUGACGGCAGACCAAAAUAUCUGGUGGUGAACGCAGAUGAGGGUGAACCAGGCACCUGCAAGGACAGGGAGAUCAUGCGCAAUGACCCACACAAGUUGGUGGAAGGCUGCCUAAUCGCUGGGAAGGCCAUGGGGGCACGUGCUGCUUAUAUCUACAUCAGAGGAGAGUUCUACAAUGAGUCGUCCAACCUGCAGGUGGCCAUCAAUGAGGCCUAUGCUGCUGGGCUGAUUGGAAAGAACGCCUGUGGCUCCGGUUAUGACUUUGAUGUGUUUGUGAUGCGUGGUGCUGGAGCGUACAUCUGUGGGGAGGAGACUGCUCUUAUUGAGUCCCUGGAGGGAAAGCAGGGGAAGCCCCGUCUGAAGCCCCCCUUCCCUGCUGAUGUGGGUGUGUUUGGUUGCCCAACAACGGUCGCCAACGUGGAGACUGUAUCCGUGGCGCCCACUAUCUGCCGCCGUGGAGGCUCCUGGUUUCUGGGCUUUGGCAGGGAGAGAAACUCUGGCACAAAGCUCUUUAACAUCUCUGGUCAUGUUAACCACCCCUGCACCGUAGAGGAGGAGAUGUCGGUCCCUCUGAAAGAUCUCAUCGAGAGACAUGCAGGCGGCGUGCGUGGAGGUUGGGAUAACCUGCUGGCCGUAAUCCCCGGUGGCUCCUCAACGCCCCUCAUUCCCAAAAACGUGUGUGAAGAGGUGCUGAUGGACUUCGAUGGCCUCAUUCAGGCUCAGACUGGCCUGGGCACAGCUGCUAUUAUUGUCAUGGACAAAUCUACGGACAUCAUCAGAGCCAUCGCUCGUCUGAUUGAGUUCUACAAGCACGAGAGCUGCGGCCAGUGCACGCCGUGCAGAGAAGGAGUGGACUGGAUGAAUAACAUGAUGUGGCGUUUUGUUCGUGGUGAUGCACGGCCAUCGGAGAUCGACAUGAUCUGGGAGCUGAGUAAGCAGAUUGAAGGACACACUAUCUGUGCCCUGGGUGAUGGUGCUGCCUGGCCCGUGCAGGGGCUGAUCAGGCACUUCAGGCCUGUGAUGGAAAGCCGAAUUGCUGACUACCAGCAGAAGCAGCAGGCCAGGGCUUAAAUGACUCUUCCAACUCCUUAAACUCAUGUUUUCUGCCUUGUAUGCCCUUACCCUUGUGCUUCUGUCCUUCACAGAUUAUUUAAAAUGAAACAUAAUGUGCCGUCUUAUCACCCCCAUCAUCAAGUUUUGCAUUGAUGUGUCUGCCUUGUUGGAGGAAAAUAUACCAAUAAAGUUCUAUGAACCACAAA